AUGGCAACACCGACACGCUAUCUAUGCCGCACACUACUUCAAGUCAGUCGGCGGCAGCUGCCAGCAAAACGGAAAGCGCAGUCACAAUGUCUCCGGACGGCCCCAAAAGCAGCUCCUUACUUCCGACAAUACUCGUCCGCUUCGAUUCUCCGAGCAGGCAAUUCCAGGGAUAGGGAAAAUGAGCUACCAGAGGAAGCUAGGGCUGAUGAGCUAGAAAGAGUUGAAGAAGGGAAAGGCCCUGAAUACCUAACACCACUCCAACCUAUUGUCGCGGAAGAAGUCACUCCAGAAGAGCUUGAGCAAAUGAAAGAACUCCUCGGGGGAAAGCCAGGAGAUCCCAUCGGUCUCUACAAUCAUCUAAUGGCGGUGGCUGAGUCCCUUGAAGGAGAGAAAGACUUAGACCCUGCGAUAAUGGACGAGAUGGAAAGAGACAUUGAAGGCGAUGAGGAUGUCGACUUUCCUGUGGAUACUAUGAGGCCCCGAGAGAUGGGUUGGUUCGCAACCGACGAAGGGGAAGAUGAAUUCGCUAUGGCUGAAGAUGGCGACGACGAUAUUGAUGAUUCUCACAUCACAUCCGUUGCACACAGUCAGUUGGAGGUGCAUCGAGAAGUCAGAGAAUAUACUAGGGUCGUUGCUUGGGACAUGCCACUACUGACUAGUUUCGCCAAAGAAUUCAAACCUCCCACCGAAAGCCAGCCUUUGCGAUUCCGAUAUACAACCUACAUGGGGGAAUCCCAUCCCGCAGCAAAGAAAGUGGUCGUGCAGUUCUGUACCAAGGAUCUGCCUGGCCUGACGGACGUGCAACGUCUGAAACUGAUCAAGCUUGUCGGGACACGCUACAACCCCGACAGCGAUAUGAUCAAGAUGUCCAGCGAGAAAUUCGAGGCACCAGCGCAAAACAAACGAUAUCUGGGAGAUCUAGUCAAUAAACUCAUCGACGAAGCAAAGAACGGCGCCGAUGAUUUCAAAGAUAUUCCCCUGGACUUGAGGCACGUCAAGCCAAAGAAAAACAUCAAGUUUCCAGAAGAAUGGAGAAUAAGCCCACGGCGUGUCCAAGAACUGCUACUGGCAAGAAGGGAACAGAGGCUGAUUGCUGACGCAGCAGCGGCUGAGAUUCCCGUCGAUGGAAAGAACCUGGUGCAUAACUAUGUACAAUCUCUGGCGGGAAGGAACAUGCCCACUCCCAACCGGCUCAUGUAA